ACGAUACGCGAGUGUACAGUACGAGAGGUGAACGUUGAUCUAGUUGUUUAUUUACUCACUUUUCUAUGAUAUGUGUGUAUACACUUAUAUAGAGAGUGAUCGAUUAACUAUUAUCAUUUUAAAUAUCUAUAAUGUACAAGGAGAACGACGGCGACGACGAGGACGACGAGGACGACGACGACGACGACGACGACGACGACGACGACGACGACGACGACGACGACGACGACGACGACGAUAGACGAGAUACACAGACACAAGGGAACGAAGAAGAAGCACUAUAUCGCAAAGCAAGAGGCGGACUCGCUCUCGCUUUAAAAACUAAGCAACGAACGUUCUUCUUUGGCAGAACGGCUGGUGCUUGUGUGCGCGAGAGAGGCAGGCAAGCAGGCAGGCCGGCUGCGUUUACUCGCUUCGAGCCGACCGACGGCGGCGGCAUUCGCUUUUCGAACAGCAAAGUCGAAAGGGAAGAGAGGGAGACUCGUCAGUCGGCCGUCGAAGCGCGCCGAGUUCGGACGUGAAAUCUGUUCUUCCUGAACGUCUUCGUAACGCAUCUCUCUCUCUUCCCCCCUCUCUUUCUCUCUAUCUUUCUCUUUUUCUCUUCUUGAUUUUAUUUUACAAAUCAUUGUACUUUUACAUUUACUGCUUUCUUUAUUUCUUCGUCACCCAACUCGUCGACAUUAAAUCGACGACGUCAGUGAUAAAACUUGAUCGUUAUUACAAAACUCUUUAUCGCUUCUUUCCCUUAGAAUCCAAUCAAAUUGAAGAAAUUCCACGUGGUUCGGAUAAGAAUAACCAAUCAAAAUUAUCAUCAUCAUCAUCAUCAUCAUCAUUUUCUUUCUUUUUCUUUUUAAUCUUCUUCCCGAUUCGAAUCUUUUCCUUUUCAUUUCUUUCGCUAUCAUUAUCUCUUUUUGUUUCCUUCUAAUCAUUAUUAUAAUUAUUGUGAUUCUUCGUAUCAAAGUGCCAAUCAUGUUGUCCUGGGACUUUUUAACUAUCGCCAUGAUAACGAGCAUCAUCUUGGCUUACACCAAUGGAACCUCCAUAGAUUUCGAUUCUACCGAUUAUGAUGCGCUUUCCGAAAAUGAAGGAAAAUCGUCGGACGAUAAAGAAUUAUCCGACGCAGGCGAGGUUCGUUGUUAUUGUAAUCAACCAGAUUGUGUGCCACAAGGAUAUAUGUGUCGCGGUAGAGGUUGUUUCACCGAAUUACCCUCGAAUGUUGGUUCAUCCUUAUCAAGGACGGAACAUAAUGCUUACAGCGGUUGUCUCGACAAGAGUUUCAAAGAACAACAAUGUCCUACGGGAUUCAUUUGUUGCGAGCAGGAUCUCUGCAAUCACGUAGACAGCCCUGCGAUGAGAAACAGACUAAACAAGACUCUUCAAGUAUUACUGGACGAGCAACGUGCGUACCUAGGACCAGUACAACCAACCGGACACGGAAGUCAGUCGUCGGAUAGCUGGUUCAAAACCGCGACGAUAGCCGUUCCAAUAUGUGGCUUAAUCGCUCUCUUGGUCUUGGCUAGUCUUGCGAUCAGAUUGCUUCAGCCAAUACCUCUGCAAGGCGACAAACUCGGAGGUCAUAGAACGGCAGAUAACGGGCCGCCAUUACUGGGACCAGCAAAAGUGCCUCUCGUUUAAAUAAGAAAAUAAUUAAUGAACUUGCGAUCCAAAGACACUUCUUUAUAAAUCGCGUCCUAGCGAGUAAUUAAUUAAGACUACAUACGUAAGAAGCUAGCGAGCUGUCCUGGCUCUACUUGGCUGUGAAUCCUUCGAGGGAAGCGUCUUUUUAAUUGUAAAUUAUGAUUGACCCGUUACUCGCGCACUUAUCGUCGCAUUUUUUAUAUGAAUACGCCGACGGAGGCGAUUAUUUUAUAAAAUAGAUAAGAGAGAGAGAGAGAGAGAGAGAGAGAGAGAGAGAAUGUGUGAGAGAGUGAAAGAUAUGCAACGUGUAAGUUACAUAUUGUAACGCACAUUUUUAGUAGCGUUAAACGACAACUUGUAAAUAGAUUUAUUUGUAUUCUACUUCGCUAUUGAUUAGCUAUCUUUAAUAUCUUAAUAAUUAUCGUGCAAGAGAUAUAAUGCAAGCUAAUACGAUCGAGAUUAUUCUGGAAAGCUCGAUUUUUCUCUAAGCAGAAAUCAAUAACAUCGCAAUGUACGACGAAAAAGCGAUGACGUGUAAUGUUACGACUGUGCCUUGUUAUGUAAAAGAUAGAAAAUAUGAUGUAAAGGAGAAAACAAACGAAUGAUUGCCGAAAAAAAAAAACAACUACUCCAUGAACAUACUGGCAUUUUUGCAACGUUCGAUCGUUGAUCGUCCAGCGCGUAUUUAUCGCACACUUCUAAAUGUAUUCCAUAUAAACAUUUAUAUUGUGAUAGUAUGACUUAAUAUUAUUGUGUAAAGUUAUUCGACCUUUAUCGCGAGUCUACUUUGUGGUACAUACGACUCUCGCGAGGGAUAACUCGAUAUAAAAGAAUUUUAGGAAAAUAUAACGGAAGGUUUUUUUCAAUA